AUGCAAAUGCUGACGGAGCGCACCAUCCUUGAGGAGAACGCUUUCGACAGAUCGUUGAUGGGUACAAAAGAUCUGCUUUGCAAGUACGCGCAGUGUGACAAGGUCUGGAUGGAGGUGUUGCUGAAAGCAGCUUCUGCGUUGAUGGUCGCUGUGGCUGCCAUGAAUUCCCGGUGGCUCGCAGUGGCUGUUGCCCUUACCAUGGCCGCUGUCGUCGCCGUAGCCAGCCCCUUCGCACAGCCGCAGAUCAACGUGCUCCAGUGCCUUUGCUUCUGCUGCUUGGCAUUGUCUGCGGUGGGCUUCACCUGUGAGGGCCUUCUCGGCGUCUGCCUGACGUGCCACGGCUGCUACCCUCCUCCCAAGUCUUCCCAAGCCCCCAAGUUUGAGAGAAGCUGUAAGGCUGGCACCGGGGUCUACUUAUGGCUCUCGUAA